AUGUAUGGGAGGAAUACGGUUGAGGAACGACAAGAUUUAUGGCAGGCUUUGGCUUUACUGAAUUUCCCUAUGAAACCUUGGCUCCUGGCUGGGGACUUUAAUGCAGCUUUUGAUUUUGAUGAUCGUAUUGGUGGGUGUGCAGUUACUGAAUUGGAAAUGGAAGAUGCUCAAAGGUGUAGGGCUCUUGGUAUGGUGGAUGCAUUACACAUAAUUGGUUCUCAUUACACUUGGUCGAAUAAGCAAGAAGCUGAGGCCAGAAUUUUUUCAAAAUUGGACAGAGUUUUCAAAAAUGAAGAUUGGGUGGAUCUUUUUCCUCAGUUUGAAGCCUUGACUAACUGGGAUAUUUUAUCUGACCAUUGUUACUGUAUCAUUAAAUCUAUGCAUGAUUCGAUUUCAGGGAUUAAACCAUUUAGAUUUUAUAACAUGUGGGCUGAGCAUACUGACUUCAGAGACACUGUGCCCAAUAGCUGGUCCAAGCCUUUACAUGCUCAUGGUUUAGUGAGAAUUAUGCAAAAAUUGGAUAGGCUCAAGCAUGUCCUUCAUCGGUUCAAUAAAAGGGAGGUUGGUGAUGUCAUUCACAACUAUUCAGCAGCUAGGGAUCACUAUCAAAAUGCUCAGUGUAACCUUCAACAAAAUCCUCAUUCAGCUGAGCUUCAACUUGCUGAAAGGACUGCCUGUUUGGAUUUUUCUCGUCAAUAUAGAAUCUAUGAAAGUUUUCUUCGACAAAGAAGAAAGAUCACCUGGCUUUGUUUUGGAGACAAAAAUUCUACACAUUUUCAUGCUAGUCUUAAGCAGAGGAAAGCUGCUAAUCGGAUCACAUCUUUUUUGGAUGAUAAAGGUCAGAUAAAUGAUAAGUUUGAGGAUGUUGUUGCUCAUUUCUUGAAUCAUUUUAGAAGUAUCAUGGGCAGUCCUAGUUCAACCUCCUCUCAAAUUCAAAAAGACUGCUUUAUUCAUGGUGAUACUUUGAGUUUGGAUUAUCAACUGAGUUUACUUAAACCGUUUACCAAGAAGGAUGUGAAAAUAGCUCUGUUAAGAGCCCGGGUCCUGAUGGAUUUGGCUCGGGCUUCUUUAAAGUAA